GCUGCACCUUCUUUCGAUUCUCCAAGAUAGCUAUUGCGGACCGAACAUAUCCAUGCGGCGCAAUUGAAGGAUUAUGUCAGCAUUUUUAUCGGAAGAUCUCAAGCCAAGCGGAUCGUCGUGAACAGCCGCCACUUGAUAGAUACUACCAUUAGUAGUAACUUCAAUCCAUCAAUAUUGCCUUCUCACCAUUGGCCUACGCCUCAAAAACAGGUAUAUCAUGGAUACUACUCCAAAAAUAACCCCGGCUUCCCGCAGAAAUGUCGUCAAGUCAUCGCCGGCGGAAAAUUCUCUAGCUUCACAAUCUCGAACGGCGAACAGUGCGUCCACAACAGCAAAGAGAAAACGAAAUGCCGAAAUGGAAUCUAAUUUGCCAACAACGCCUGCGCCUGCCAAGAAGACAAGCGGCAAGAAGAGCACACCCAGCCCAGAGGAAGUGAUCGACUUGACAGGGAGCUCUCCCACUUCCAGUCCGGCCAAGAAAAGGAGAAGCCCCAAAAAGAACGCGUCGCCAUCUGAACCUGCAGCUGAACGCAGGGCCAGGAUCUUUCGCAAGCAUCCACCCAGAUCAUUUUUGGAAAGGCACUUACGGGCCACGAGUCAGAGGAUGUUUGUUGUCGGGCAAUCGGUCACUGAAAUUGAUGAAGCUCCUGAGAUGACAUUUGAUAUUGUUGGGACGACAGGCAAUAUUUACAAGACGACUAUCGGCAAGGUGCCCAUGUGCGAUUGUCCAGAUUCCCAGAAGGGAAAUCAGUGCAAGCAUAUCUGUUACGUUCUAGCCAUUGUGCUCAAGGCCCCUCCGCAUCUCCAGUACCAGUUAGCGUUUUUGUCAUCGGAACUCCGCCAGAUUUACCAGCAGUCGUCCUUAAGGGUCACAGAGACGACACCCGAGAACAAGGAUGGUAACCGAAAAGCCGUCGAUGGGGACUGCCCCAUUUGCUUCAUGGAAUUCGAACCGGACAAGGAGGAAAUUGUCUGGUGCCGAGCAGCAUGUGGAAACAACAUCCACAAGACAUGUUUCCAGAAAUGGGCGGCUACCCAGCGAGCCCAGGGCGUGACUUGCGUAUACUGCCGUUCUCCCUGGCAGUCAGACACCAGUGAUUUGAACCUCGAAAAUCUUAUGAAAGAAGGCACGGUGAGCCAAGAAGGUUACAUCAACGUGGCUAGUCAGAUGGGUCUCUCAGGUGAACGCGAUCAUUCGACCUAUCACCAGCCCUGGGUUAUCCGACAGUCAUAUUCGUACAGUCGGCGUGGCCGUGGACGACAGUCGUAUCAGGACUAUUAUUAAGGUUCUGGGGCAAAUGGGCUACAAAAGUCAAGAACGCUUGCAGUAAUUAGGGCGUGGGAUCACUUUGUGGGUGGCAGCCGGG